AUGUCAUUCAAUGAAAAACCUGUAUCUACCAUUGAUUUGGGGUUACCGUCAGAGGCACAAGUGCUAGCUCAGUUCUUCGAUCAGGACUUCAAUCCCUCAGAUUACAUCAAUGCGCUUUUCAUGACUUCUCUCAAUGCCAGUGCACCCAUUUCAAAUGCAUUAAGCAACAAAUCUUUAGAGCUAAACUCUGCCUCUUCUUUAAAAAUACUAUUCAAACGAUGUUCAGCCUUGAGUUUGCACUUUAAUGAGUACACCAAUGAACUUGUCAGACGAUUUGAUCAGAGUUAUGAAAAGCUACAUUCGUCAUCAUCACAAAUAAUUUCUUAUGAUGGACAAAAUCAGCUAGGAUUAAGUUUGAAAUCAUCAGAUGAUGAUACUACAGCAGAAUCAAAAGAAAUAGUCACAAGGCUUCAAUACCAUUUGGCUACUUUGAAUACGUCAAUGUAUUCAUUGCUUGAUGACUUAAAACAAACAAGAGAGAAGUUAGAUAUAAUAGAUCCUAAAAAAACCAACAAAAACGCUGUAGAUGAUCUACAGAAGCUGGUUUUGGUAAAAAAAAGAGUUGAGGAGGUGAAAAUUUCGUUCAACUUACUAAAAUCGUUGGUUGCCAGUUCAGAAAUUGAAGACGCAAGGGAAGAUUUCCAAAAUGCUGCGACGUUCAAGAGUGAUAGAAUAACAGUUGCAGAAUUCAAAAAUGCGUUGGCAGUACUACGCAAAUUAAUGCAAGAACAACUAUCUCAAGAAAUUGAUCUGUAUAACAACUCAAAGAAAGAUGGUCAUCCAGCUGAAGUAAAUGAAAAGCUGAUGAAAAUCAUUGACAACAUGAUCAAUUUACAGCCAAUUUUUAAAUCUUUUCUCAAUUUCCAGUCUUCUUACGCUGCUUUUGUAGAGUUUCUCAAAGAGCAAAAAAGUAAUUAUUUGAAUCUUUUUGAUUAA